CAUGUUUACAUUGAUUUAUUAGUAACAAUCGUCGUAGUUCUAAAUAACCUAUACUUAACUUUAUAUUAACAAUCAUAGCUUAACUGUUAAAUCGAGUGCAAAGUUAAUAAUUGUCUGUGAUAAUAUUUAACUAUUAAAUAUAUUGACUUCAAUAAAAUUAUAUUAUUAUCGUUGUUUUACUAUCUAGGGUCAAAAUCCAUACAGACUGUUUGACGUCAUCCAAUGGCAAGUCUUCGAAUGUCAGAUUCAAUUUCAGUCGGUUUCUGCAGAGUACAGUCUGAACACAACGAAUAGGAAUGAAAAUAGUGUUGCGUAGUUUGUACAAGUGAGUGUGUUUAUUCCGGUAUUUCAUAGUUACAAUUAUUAAAAAUAUAUAAAAAUAUCGGCCAAAAUGUUGAGACAGACAGAAAAUAAACUUGACAUGGGAAGUUUAAGUGUUUUAAUGAAUAUUAGGACUAAGUAUAUAAUGAGUGACAAUGAAUUGUGAUCUUAGUAAUAAUUUAUAUCAUAUAUAGAUAUAUAUAUACCGUGUAAUGCAUUUCAUUUUCACCAUUAUUUUAUCGUCACUUUCGUAAUAAUUGCAUUCAUAAUUCAUUGGCGUCGGCUCAAUUACUUAAAUAUUAAAUAGUGGAAUGGCAGCAGCCCACAAGAAAAAUCAAUCACGUAGGAGACUUGCAGCAAUCACAUUUCUUUCAAAUAUUUCACUAGAUGGGAGCCACCGGGACACAAACCUUGCUCUCCUACCAUAUAAUGGAGCUAUACACCGGCGUAUUUUUAGUGAACCUCCAGCUAUCAAUGAGAUGAUGAGAAACAAUGAUGCUGACACUUCUGAAGAAACUGUUGAUGUUAUGCCAGCUGAUGCUUUCGAUAUAAAACCAGAGGAAUCUAGUGAUUCAGGUCUCAAAAAAAUUGAUCAUCAUUCACUGAGUUCUGAUUCUGAUGGAAUAUUUACCUCUGCUAAAAACACCAUUUCGGCUCUUCUUGAUCAAGAAAGAAUACAACCUUUACUAUCAUCUAUUCCUGGAUCUUUCCGAGAACGGGCUGGAACUGCAGGAAGCGAAUAUUCUUUACCUGAAAGACGAGUGGGAUCGUUUCAUUAUAAGAGACGAAUUGUACACCAAACAUCUACCCUAUCAGAAGAUAUAAGACAUCAUUAUAAUAGUAGUAGCGAAAGUAUUGGUUCUCUACGUUCAAAAUCGAUUUCAUCUAAAACAAAAGGGAAAACAUUCAAUAAUAUUCAAACUGGAGGACCCAAUUCUGUAAUAAUACCUGAAGCACCUCGAGAAUUAAGAAUAAUGAAUCGACCAGUGAAUGGUCACAAAUUUGGGGACGAUCGACUUGUUUUAGUAUCCUCGAAGAAGGUUCCAUUCCUCAUCUUUUCUGCGUUGCCUUACAGUAAAAACCAACGAACAAGUUGCUGUCAAAGUGUCACGAGUACCCCGGGCUUGAAAAACAUCAGUGUUUCUAAUCGAAUUCUACGCAGGUCUGAAUUACGUAAAGAUACCUGUCGAAGACGAAAUACAUCCGGACCAAGGCCUCUCUCUUCGAUUAAUGAUAAUUUGGAUCCUUUUGGUCUUCUAGGUAUAGAAAGGGCUAAAGACGGACAAGAAAUAUCGUACGGUCAAUUAUUAGUGCCAUCGAGACAAUUUCAACGAGAAAAAAAAUUUCAUGUAAAUGAUUGUGAAAAUAUUGAUCUAACGUACAAUCUGAAGCCACAUCAUGUAGUAUCAAGGACAAAAACUAUAACGUGGAAUUUGGAUCGUACAAAGUGGUGUCUCUCUUACGAUACUAAUACACAUCGCCAGUAUAUGACAUCUGAUUCUCCACCAUUAUCACUGACUAACGAUGGCAAAACUUUUGAUUGGGAUGAACAAGGAAUGCAAUACAAUCCAAAUUUAUUGGACGAUCCUGAAUUGAUUGCUGGCAAACAUCGGACUCUUCUCACUUUUACCUCUUACAUGGCUUCCGUUAUUGAUUAUGUGCGACCAUCUGAUUUAAAGAAAGAGCUAAAUGAUAAAUUUAAAGAGAAAUUUCCACAUAUUCAAUUAACACUUAGUAAAUUACGAAGCCUGAAGCGAGAAAUGCGAAAAAUAGCGAAAUUAGAGUAUGGAAUCGAUCUUUUGACGGUUGCAAUGGCAUAUGUGUAUUUUGAAAAGCUUAUAUUACGUAAUGUUGUAACAAAACAAACACGUAAACUUUGUGCUGGUGCUUGUUUACUCCUUGCGGCAAAGCUCAACGACGUUAAGGGUGAUGUACUUAAGUCUCUUAUUGAGAGAACAGAAAGUGUCUUUCGGUUAAAUCGUAAAGAUCUUAUCACGUCCGAAUUUGCUGUGUUAGUUGCGCUCGAAUUUGGAUUGCACCUUCCUACAUGGGAAAUAUUUCCUCACUAUCAACGUUUGAUAUAUGAAUCUUGACCUUAUUUUUUCUCAUUCAAAAUUUUAUUUUCAGUACAAUGACUUACUAACACAUUUAUAUUAGAAACAAGUUCUUUGUUACACACCACAUUUUGGCUUAGCCUAAAGUUCGAGCGUAAGCAAUAAAGUACCUUAAAUAUACUCAUUUAAUAAUAUUUAUUAUAUAAACAUUGAAAGAUGAAAAAAAUAUCAAAUCCAAAAGAGAAAAAUGUUUUUAUUUAACAUGGAUUAAAAAAUUUUGAUGUAAAGAAAAAA